AGGCGGGACUUCUUGUGCCACGUUGAUGGAGACCCGUGGAGACGUGGAAUUCUCCUGGACCGCCGCUAACUCCGAUCAGGAAUCUCAUACAACCAAGACAGGCAAAGCUUUAGGUUACCGAGUAAAGUUUUAAAACCAUUGUUGACAGCUUGAAUGAGUUUGUGCAUGCUCGUGAGCAGUGCUAAGAGGGAAGGAUGAAGCUAAAAGAGAUUAACCGCACCGCCAUCCCAGCUUGGAGCCCAGCUCAGCAGCACCCGAUUUACUUAGCUGCAGGAACUUCCGCUCAGCAGCUCGAUGCUACGUUUAGCACCAAUGCCUUACUGGAGAUUUUCGAACUGGACCUGGUUGAGCCUGCAUUGGCCAUGAAGUCAUGUGGUGCUUUCUCCUCACCUCACAGAUACCACAAGCUUGUUUGGGGACCACAUGGCGUUAAUGACCAGGGCCUGCUUUCUGGAGUUCUUAUAGCUGGAGGAGAGACUGGUAACAUCAUUCUCUAUGAUCCUGCCAAGAUCAUUGCUGGUGACAGUGAAGUGGUCAUCACUGAGAGUGAUAAACACACAGGGCCUGUACGAGCGCUAGAUGUCAACUCAUUUCAGACAAAUCUGGUUGUGUCUGGAGGUAAUGAGUCGGAGAUCUACAUCUGGGAUUUGAACAGCUUCAGUACGCCAAUGACUCCAGGACCGAAGUCACAGCCUCUGGAGGACAUUAGCUGCGUAGCAUGGAACUGCCAGGUGCAACACAUCCUUGCCUCAGCCAGCCCCAGCGGCAGAGCCUCCAUCUGGGACCUUAGGAAAAAUGAUCUCAUUAUCAAAGUCAGCGACCACAGCAACAGGAUGCAUUGCUCUGGUCUGGCAUGGAACCCAGAGGUUGCCACUCAGCUGGUUUUAGCCUCUGAAGAUGACCGAAUGCCUGUCAUCCAAAUGUGGGAUCUGCGUUUUGCUACCUCCCCUCUCAAAGUCCUAGAGAACCACACAAGGGGUGUUUUGGCAAUUGCUUGGAGUUUGGCUGACCCGGAGUUGCUGCUGAGUUGUGGGAAAGAUAACCGUAUCCUCUGCUGGAAUCCGAACACUGCUGAGGUCCUGUAUGAGCUUCCAAGCUCACAGUGGUGCUUUGACAUCCAGUGGUGCCCCAGGAACCCAGCUCUUCUGUCUGCUGCUUCUUUUGAUGGGCGUAUCAGCAUCUGCUCAAUCAUGGGAGGCAAUAACGAUGCUGUCAACAGUGCCCAGGCUGAUCAGGUAAGUUCCUCGUUUGCCAACAUGGAUCCCUUUGGCACAGGCCAGACAUUGCCCCCGCUGCAGCUGCCUCAAACCAGCAGCGCUAACAGCACCGUCAUACCACUGAAGAAACCACCCAAAUGGAUCCGUAGACCAGUGGGGGCUUCCUUUGCGUUUGGUGGUAAACUUGUCUCACUGGAAAACAUCAAACCGACGCCACAGCAACCCCAGCACCCCUUGGCCCACGUCGUCCACGUUAGCCAGGUUGUCACAGAUACAGAUUUUUUGGAUCGCUCAAACCAACUUCAGGCCACUCUCACUGCCGGAAGCUUUGUGGAAUUCUGCCAGAGAAAGAUUGAAGUUGCGCAAAACGAGUUUGAGAAGACUAUUUGGGCUUUCCUAAAGGUCCAUUUUGAAGAUGAUGCCCGGGGCAAAUACUUGGAACUUCUGGGAUACAAGAAGGAGGAACUAGCGCUGAAGAUUGCUUCAGCGUUAGAAAGGAAAGACCUCAAGUCAGAUGAAGGCAAUGAGAGUUCCUCUACUUCUGUACUCGACCCUGCCACCAUACCUGAUUGUGAUCCUACACCUGGACUAGAUAUCAUUCCAUUUCCCAAGCUUGACCCCUCUGCUUUUGCCCCACUCAGACAUUAUGAAAUUCUGCAUGGGGAACCUGCAUACCAGCCAUUGGUUGAGCUUGGUGUGCAGGUUCUGAAAGAACCAUUACUUGAUCUCACACCUGAUUCCUCUGGCGAUCAUGUUCUUGACCUCAAAGCCAAACCUGAGCCUUCCCUUUCAUCUGUGUCUCUGCUCGAUUUCACCCCACCGUCUGACCUCAUCCCACCAUCUGAUCUCGUAUCUGCUUUUGCACCAGCAUAUCCUGUUGAACCAUCUCCUGAUAUGACACAGCAGGUUGACCAGUUUAUAUCUGAAGCCCAGCCACAGCUGGUGCCUACAAUUGCACCUUCUGGUGCUUUACAUGAGCCUGAGUAUGAUGUGGUUUCUCUAGAUCAAGAGACUUUAACACACUCUGUGCCUGCCCUAGCUCCACAAGAGACUGAGAUAGAUUUACCGGUAGUCGAUCUUCAGCUGUCAGCACCAGCUUUAGAUCCAUGUUGUCAUCCUGAAUCAAAGGUAGUUCCACCAUGCAUCGGUGAUGACUUUGCAUCAGCAACAGUUCUAGACCCUGUUAUUGAACAACCACAGUCAAUGCCAUUAUUAACUCCACUUGGAGAUGCAGAAGAACCAGUGUUAAUACCUGCUGUUGAACAGCAACAGUCUCGUUCAUCUCCUGACCUCACAGAUGAGGCUGGACUUCAGUUAGAAUUUGCAACUCCAACAUCCCUCCAGCAUGUACCAAGCUUCUUACCUCAGCUUGACCCACAGCCUGUUCCCAUGUUUACCCCACCCAUUAUGACACAGCAACCUGAAACGGGCUUGACUCCAACGGAUGAGUUAGACGUUGCACCCCAGACGGACUUCACUCUUCCUGUUAACGGUCAGCCAGAAUCUGAGCUGGAUCUGAAUAUUACACCGUUAGUUGAAGGGGAAUCCAAGGAUGUGGUCCAAACUGCCAAUACAAGUAAAGAAGAGUCAACCCUGCCGGAGGAGGUGGAAGAGAAUGGAGACAUAACAGCAGAAGAUGCCCCUGCAGCCGAGGAGAGCCCAGAGCUUGCAGAGAUUCCUGUUGCUGAAGAGAAACCUGUUCCGCAGAUCCCAUCUAACAUCAAAGUUAAUCAAGAUGUAGAUAGACUGAUCACCCAAGCACUUAUCAUUGGGGACUUUGAGGCUGCAGUCAGCCUUUGUCUCCACGACGACCGGAUGGCAGAUGCAAUCAUCCUAGCCAUCGCGGGUGGACCAGAGCUUCUUGAAAAAACCCAGAAGAAAUACUUGACGAAAUCUCAAAGCAAAAUUGGCAAGCUCAUCAGUGCUGUAGUUAUGAGGGACUGGUUGAAUAUACUUGAGACAUGUGAUCUUCAGAACUGGAAGGAGGCUCUGGCUGCAGUCAUAACCUAUGCCAAACCUGAGGAGUUUUCCUCCCUAUGUGGGCUGCUGGGCUCCAGGCUGGAGGCUGCUGAAGACUCUGCUCUGCAGGCAGAGGCCUGUCUUUGUUACAUCUGCGCUGGUAGUGUAGAGCAGCUGGUGUCUUGCUGGUCCAAAGCACAAGAUUCUAGCAGCCCUCUCUUACUGCAGGACCUGGUGGAAAAAGUGGUGAUACUGCGGCAGGCUGUGGAGAAGACUCAGAGUGGAGUGGCCCCUGCUGUAGGCACCCUGUUGGCAGAAAAGAUGAGUCAGUAUGCCGGCCUGCUGGCCUCCCAAGGCAGCCUGCAAACCGCCAUCUCCUACCUGCCCACCAACACAGAUCAGGUUGCAGUGCAGCAAUUGCGAGAGCGUCUGAGCAGAGCACUGGGUCAGCAUGGAUCAGCGCCUGUACACAACAGACAUCCGGUUUCUCGUGCUGCUGUGCCUCAGCAAACCUACACACAAGUCCAACCUCAGACUCAACCACUGCCUCCUCAGCCCACUCCGGCGGCUCCUACACAACAGUAUUACCAACAGGUUAGGGCUGCCUCUACUGUCACUUCCUGGAGUAACCAAACCCCAACCGUUCUGCCCAGUGCCCCUCGUCCACUAGCCCCAGCCAAAGACCUGCAGAGUGAGCCAAAGCCAGCAGCUUUCCCUUUGCAGGCUCCAGUGAGCGCAAGUCCUGCUGCCUCCAAUGCGUUCAUGUACUCGCAGCAGUACCAGACCUACCCCCAGGUCCAGCAGUUCACGCCUAGCGCUGGGGGACCAGCAAUCUAUCAACCUCUCCAGUACUCCUCCUCUACAUCUGCUCCUCUUCCUCCUCCACCUUCAUCUUCUGCUGCUCCUCCUUUCUACCCCUCUCAGUUCAUGCCUCCUGCCUCAUCUCAGGCUGCACCACCCACCUUCCCCAGACAUCCUUUCUCUGCAAGCCAGCAGGCUCCCAGUGCACCCCCUCUCUCCUCUCCCUCCACUGCAUCCUUCUCUCCUCCUCCUUUCUCAUCGGGAGCCUCGUUCCAGCACGGCGGGCCGGGUUCUCCCACUGCCUUCCUCCCGCCUCCACCAACUGGAGCCUCAGGUACUCAGGCUGAGCCCGACAUGAUCCCAGCCUCCCAGAGAACAGGGGGAAUUACCCAAGAUGCAACCUGGUUUUACGAAGGGCCCCAGAACGGCUGGAAUGAUCCUCCCGCUCUCAUCCGAGGAUCCAAGAAGAAGAAGGUCCCAGAAAACUACACUCCUCCUGCUCCAAUCACAGCCCCUAUCAUGGCUCCACUAGGAGAGCCGCAGCCUAUAGCCACCAUGCAGCCGUCUCUUCAACCGCAGCAGCUUCCUCCACAGCCAGCUGGUGUUCCUGCUCCCUUCAACCCCAUCCAACAACAGCCACAGGCUCCUACACUCAGAAACCCUGCCAUGCCCAGCAUGCCUCUGGAGGGGCCACCAGGGGCACCCACUGGGGAUAUCAUACAGCCAAUGCAGUCCCUCCCUACUGAGAAGAUCACAAAGAAGCCCAUCCCAGACGAGCACCUCAUUCUCAAGACAACGUUCGAGGGCCUGAUCCAGAAGUGCUUGGCUGCUGCCACAGACCCUCAAACCAAAAGGAAGUUGGAUGAUGCUAACAAGAGACUAGAGUCCCUUUAUGACAAACUGAGAGAGCAAACUCUUUCUCCGGCCAUCGUGGGCGGCCUGCACAACAUGGCUCGGAGCAUCGAGUCACGCGCCUACACCGACAGCCUCAACAUCCACACACACAUCGUCAGCAACAGUAACUUCAGCGAGACCUCCGCCUUCAUGCCAGUGUUGAAGGUGGUGCUAACGCAGGCUAAUAAGCUGGGCGUCUGAUGCCAUGUGUGCGCACUCAAUACUCACCAGUAUUCCCGCAACUCCAACACAAGCCAUCAGUCAAUAAGGACCAACUCAUAUUGACAUGCUUUGCCAGUCUUAAAUCUGGAAUAGGGCAAUCCAGCUUACAGGCGUUUCUUUACUUUUUUUUUUUUUUUUUUUUAUUAAGUUUUUGGUCUUGUACAUGUUUAUGUUUCCAUUAUUUCAUAUUUGUAAUCGUGGCAGAGCAGAGUGCAAUGGGGGUGUUUCCCCCUCUUUUUUUUUUUUUUUUUUUGUUUUGUUUUGUUUUGUUUUGUUUUGUUUGAGUCUAUGUUUUUGGGCAACUCAUAGGAUUCACAGCCUGGAGAAAUCAAUCACGUGCCAGACCGGAUUUGUCAGAUAUUUGCUAUUAUGUAAUUGAGCUCUGGCUUAUCAUUUUAGAUUUUUUUUUUCUUCCCUUCUAAUUUUUGUCUGUAAGAAUUUUAGGCUAUCGCUUUGUGUGCUAAUUAGAAGCCUUGCCAUUUCAGUGAUGUUCAAUGCAAUUUCCUGCAAAAAAAAAAAAAAAAUGUAAUUGCAUUUUAUCCGUUUACCAGGAUCUACAUAAUCUUGGUAACAAGGAAAUAUUUUCAAUAAAUGUUAUUUAUUUAAAUCUUUUAAGAUUUGAGUUAAUCAGUAACUAUACAGCAUUAGCAAACCAAGGCUGCCUAGUUAUAUGGCUGUCUAGUUUUAUUUCUUUCUAUAGUAAUUUGAAAAUUUGAUGCCAGAGAGAGAUGUCUGAAAUGGUUUCGAAGUAUCACAGUUGUCUACUGCAGAAAUAGUGGAAUGAAAGUGGUAGACUCACUGUAGUCCUUCUUUUACACCAGGAAUUGGUUUGAAAUAAAAGGAAAUAUUUUAGUGCUCAAUAUCACCAACCAUUCACAAUAUUCUGACACUUAUAUCAUGUAAUCUUAAAUGAUGGCACGAUAUUUUAGAGCCACUGCUGGUUUAAACGGUAGGGAACGAUAUCCCAGAGAGAAAACUAGCCACUGGUAACAUCAAUUUAAUCAUUCUCACCACUCCUGUUCAAACUCCUUAUUUUGUAUACAAGUUCUGUACCCUAUAAUUUUGAGGGGGAAUCAAUGCACAAUGUUUAAAUGACUGUUGUAAAAAUUGGAUGAGGGUGUUGCAUUUUAAUGAAGUGGUCAAAUAAAGUGCUCAAUAUUUCUCA